CCUCACUCCUUGCCUGCCUGCCUGUCAGAAGUCCCACAUAUCCCCAGAGGAUAAGAUGCCAUGGAGGCCACAGGGAGAACAGCGCUUUACGUCUCUGUUCUCUUCAUCCUAACAGAAGUCAGCGCUGAGUUCAUCCACAUCCCUACACUGGUCCAUCAUGGCAUUGAAGGGAAGUCCGUGCUCUUGUCUGUAGAGACUCGCUUCCCGCUAGAUGAAGUUGAGAUCCAGGGAACAUGGUCGCACACCAGGCGGAGCGGCACCAGAACCACAUUGGUGACGUUUACUAAAGAGGCCGCAAUCACUGACAUGAUGUACCGCAACCACCUCCUCUUUAGAGAACCCAAUGUUUCAUUGCUAAUCCGAAAAUUAAACCAGGAUGAUGAGGGAGAUUACCACUUGACCCUCAACAUACAGUUUCAUAACAAGACGGGGCUGGUUAUCAAGGAAGAGAGAACUGUGCACAUAACAGUGGAUGUGCCUGUGUCUACUCCAGUCAUUGAGAAGAGCCCAUCAUAUGCAGUCGUAGAGGACAAGGCAAACGUGACCUGGACUUGUUCUGUCGAGAAAGGAACAAGAGUUGUGUUCCAGUGGCUUAGGAACAACAUUGCAAUAGGUCCAAGUGACAGAUACCACUUCUCCCAAGACAACUCGACAUUGUUAAUCAGUCCUGUGAGAAAAGAGGACAAAGGAACUUACCACUGUGUGGCCAGCAACGCGGUCAGCCAGGGUCGGCACAGCAGGGCUGUGGAACUCAACGUCUAUUAUGGCCCCUAUAACCUGGAGGUGAACUCAGGCCAAGGCCUGCGGACAGGAGAAGUGUUCACCAUAAACCCUGGAGAGCUGGUCUUCUUUGAAUGCCAGGCCGACUCAAACCCACCCAACAGCUACGUCUGGAUCUCCAAGAGCCGCAACUCCACUCAGGUCAUCACUGAGGGCCCGCGGCUAGAGGUGCGCUCCUAUAGACUGGCCCAAGCUGAAGAGUACCUGUGCCGCGCCUUCAACAACGUGACGCAGAAGCAGGACGAAGCCCAGUUUACUCUGGUGGUGGCCAGCUUAGGAACAGGGAAAGAGAAGCACACCCAGAAGGACAACUCUGUCUCUCCUCUGGCAGCCAUCACCGUGUGCUCUUUGUUUGUCUUCGGCUGUAUGCUGCUGUUCUUCCUCAGGAGAACCUGCCACCCAAAGAGAGUGCUUAUGAGCAUUUACAACAGGCCGCUUUCAGAGCAGAAACGACCACAUCGUUCGGCCUGUGUACCAACAGGCCAUGAAGAUGCAACAGAAGACUUUGGCAUCUACGAGUUCGUCUCCAUACCCGGGAAAAUGGAAUCUGCGCAGGCAUCGUGCAGAUCAUUGGCUCGCCUCGAGUCAGUUCAGGAUAUGCACACCACCAUCUAUGAUGUGAUCAGACAUGUUCCUGAAACCCCCAGUCACAGUUUGCUAAAGUGAACUGGAAAUUUGACGUGGAACUUAUAGUCCUUUCACUUGAAGACUCCUGUGUAGCUUUAUUCUCUGUCAUCAAAGCCUUUGGUGGCCCGUUUUUUGCACAAGGGAUGAAGGAGAUUUGUGUGAGUACACAACCUGAUCGUGCACUGUUUGAACAGAUGUUAAAUGACUUUUGCUGAUGUUAUUGUGAGAUGAAAGUGUAAGUAUGCCUUGAAAUGUUUGGGUUUUUUUAAUGUGAAAGUAUAAUUGAAAUUAAAACUGUUUGUCUUUUUGGUUCAAAAGUGAAGAUCACUUCAGGUCAUGUUAAACGAAGCUAGUUUAUAUUAAGAGGUACCUGCAAGGUACCCAAACUAUUUAAAACACGUUUAAUUUUGAAUACAAAGGCUUGUUUGCCAUUUUGAUGAUUUUCUUCUAAUUCAACAAUCCCGCCAGUAAGAGUCUGUUCUGUGAGACAAGUGUUAUAAAGAAUGCAUUUUUCUUGUAUGAAAUAUAUUAAGGUUCAUUGUAAAUAUUGUACAUGGAUUAUACUGCAGAUUCUUUAUACAUAUUAUUCUAUUUCUAUGUUUUGCUCCGAUCUAUUUAUUCCCAUGAAACACUUAACUGUUUCCACAAAUGUAGCAUUUUUUCUGCUCAUCAUGAAUAUAAUGAAAUGCUGAAACAAUGAAAAGGAUAAAUGAGUCAUAAAUUAUUGUACAAUUUGCAUUCACAUGUUUGUUUUGUACUUUAUUAAAGAUAUUACUGUUUACUA